AUGCGCAACAGCCACAACGACAACGGCAAGAAGGACAACGAUGAAGACGCUUUGUCUCACGCCUCAACGGCAUCCGAUUCGAGCGCAACUGCGAGAUUGAAGUGGCGGAACCACGAGUCGCUCAGUACGCCUCUACCCGAAACCCGGGAAAAGAAUCCGUUCGAGGACUAUGGGGAGAGUCCUUCUUCGGGGGUCGUGGAGAGCAGUGGGAGCAGUGCGAGCACUGGAUGUAAUAGUACGCAGCAUAAGGAUGACAGGGAGGCAAAGGUGAAGAGAAGGAAGAGCAAGAAUAAGAACGGAAGGAGCAGGGAAACGGAUAAUCGCCGCUCCAGCAGCCGUCGAGGAAACGUCGCUCAUAGGCAUCAUGCACCGAAGAGGGACACCAUUGAGGGCGACAAGGAGGGGCGUGGCAUGGCGGAGAACCGAAACGACGAAAUCAGAGAGGCGGAGUCGCUAGAGGGGAAGAUUGGGUUCCGUGGGCGCAUACGGCAUUUCACUUGGACGUGGUUUACGAUGACCAUGGCGACGGGUGGGAUUGCGAAUGUCUUGUAUACUGUGCCCUUCCGUUUCAGCGGCCUCUAUGCGAUAGGGUGCCUCUUCUUCAUUUUCAACAUCGUCCUCUUCCUCUUCAACAUCACCAUGAUCAGCCUGCGAUUCUACUACUAUCCGCGCACGUUCCGGGCAUCGUUUUUGCAUCCCACCGAAUCGCUCUUCAUACCGGCGGCAGUGAUAAGCUUCGGUACGAUCCUCAUCAACAUCUCCCAGUACGGGGUCGUUCACUCGAGGGUGUGGCUGCAGCAUGUCAUGCAGGUCAUGUAUUGGAUUGACUGCGGUCUGGCGGUUCUCUUCUCCAUUGGCAUCUAUCUGAUCAUGUGGUCCACCCAAACCUUCACCAUCUCCCAAAUGACGCCCGUCUGGAUCUUCCCCGCCUACCCGCUCCUCAUAAUCGGCCCGCACGCCUCCAACCUCUCCCCCAAAAUCACGUCCCCAACCACGGCCCUCUGCAUCAUCGUCUCCGGCUUCGUCAUCCAGGGCAUCGGAUUCCUCGUCUCCCUGAUGAUCUACUCGGCCUUUCUCUACCGCCUCAUGACGCAGAAGUUACCCAAGGAGAGCAUCCGACCGGGCAUGUUCAUCAGCGUCGGACCCAGCGGCUUCACCAUCGCAGGCGUCAUCGGCAUGGGCCAGCAGCUCCCCAACGUCGUGCCCCGGGACUUCAUGGGCGAGGGUCUCGGCGAACUCGCCGGCAACGUGAGCAUGAUCUGCGCCAACUGGGUGGGACUCUGGCUGUGGGGUCUCGCGCUGUGGUGGUUCUUCGUCAGCGUCGGCGCCCACUGGAGCUGCGCGAGGAAGGGUCGCUUGGACUUCGCCAUGACGUGGUAUUCGUUUGUGUUUCCCAAUACGGGGCUCACGACGGCGACGUUUGCGGUUGCGAGGGCGUUGGGGGACAAUAGGCCGAUUCAGUAUGUCGGGUGUGCGAUGACGGUUCUGCUGGUUGUGGUCUGGGUGGCUGUGUUUGCCAUGAUGAUUCGUGCGGUGGUGAAGAGGCAGAUUUUGUGGCCGCAGAAGCAGGAGGAUCGCGAUGAGGGCGGGUGGAAGGGGGAGAAAGAGGAGGUUGUCUAUAGUAGGAGGACGGUGUCGGAUGCGGAGAAUGGGUUGAGGAUUAUCAGGACGCUGAGUAGGAGGAGUAGGCGGGCGAGAAGGGCCGAUGGGAAAGGGAGGGUUAGGGACGAUUUGGGAGAGUGA